AUGGUCCUGGAGUUCGUCAGCCCAAGAGUCUCUGCUGCUCAUAUGGUACCCGGCACUGAAAGGCAGGUUUUCAUGAGGCUCAAGGAUUCGGAAGAUCUUGUUAGAGCCUACCCGCGGAUACCUGCAAUGUCACUGAAAGAUUGCCUACUAGACAAGGGCAUAUGUCCCUGUUCACUCGUCAACCCAACCAUCCGUGGCCUUGGUCUGGGUCUGUGUUAUGGAUGUCGGGCCCAGCGCAACGAUGAAUCCACCAUCGCAGUGACUCUUCUGCGCCAGCAAAACGCGCAUCGAAUUCAGUCGUCAAAGUUCAUCUUUGUCGAUUCGGGCCUAAGUGUUGUGGCGGGAUCCGCUGUGAUGGAUACUCUUCUAAACGAUGAAAGGCUUGGCGAGUAG